AUGGAAGCCCCGAACUUUGCACCGAGCGAUACUUUGAACGUUGUCACUCGCUUACCUGGCUCGUCUUCUACACUCUUCCCUCACCACACACUGCCCGAGAACUCACCUACAUUUGGCACGGGCGAUGGAUGCGCUCUGCCUAUACAUUGGCGCAAUGAGCAUCCUGGGAUGUGGCCAUGGCUGCGCCCGGCUUACUGUUUGAUGUUCAAGUUUCUCUGUCUGAUUGCCGUAGGAGGUCCGGAUCUGAAACAGAAGUGGCGUGCAGUAAACUUAGAAGAUGGGCGCGAAUUUCAAGAGGAAAAGAACCGCAUUACGACGAUGGUUCUGACAACCAACAUAGUCGCCAGCCUUCUACUUGCAUCGACUGCAGCCCUUAUUUCUACCGAGCCACCAAGAGCGGACAUCAUCGACUACAAUAGCCGCGGCCCUUAUCUAUGCCUCUUGUGCUCUUUUGGCAUCAUUCUGGGCAGCAUCAUUGUUGGAUGCGCUGUUCUGUUCGUGUUAUCGACUGCGAACGCACAGUGGACACGCGAUACAAUCAUGAAGACUAGAGUACGCAUAUGGAUCAUGCUCCUACUCCUUGCGUACCCCUUUCUGUCAAUUGGCGUUGGUACAACUGUCAACUUCAUAGGAUUACUUGCGGCGGCUUGGUUGUCAGAGGAUCGCACCGUCAAUCUGGGCGGCGCAGCUUUACUUGCUGUGCCGGUGUCACUCAUGGUGUUCUUCGCGCUGAUAACGAGAGGACGUGCAGAGUCUACUUCAGGUUCAGAUACAGAUGCUGAAGCGAAUGCCCCAACUACCCUUGCGCCACCGCCACUUCAAACUGACCCCAAUCGCCAGGCUCCUGUAGUGAUAGCCAAUACUCUACCUCCCACUGUGACACGCUCCUUUACGGUAUGA